AUGGUCUUCGAGCUGGAGGAUCUCCUGAAAGAAGACAAGAAGGAUGCUAAUUUAUUGCCUGAUCUCAGUAAAGCGACCUGUAACUCGCAAGAGGAAUUCCGUCGACUACGCGAGAACUGUCCUGAAUUUAAAAUUAAACCGGAAAAGGUGAAGAAGGAUGAUACGAAGGUGCGCGACAAGGAAUGUUCCUGGAAGCCAACGAGAAAAGAGUUGAAAGCGCUCGGGAAGGAAUGGAACUAUGGAAAUCCAGUGCCACCGGAUAUGAGGGGUCUGAAUCUUCGAGAAUUGCAGCAGGUUGCCAUUGACUGGAGAAUGUUGACGCCUAUCAGGCCAAAGUACCGCCAGGACGAAGAAAUGUUUUCAAGAUUGGUGGAAAUGGGAAAACUAGAGGCAAAGACUAUCGCUAGAGAAUGUCGAUCGUCUACAAGUCCCAUAAGACGUAGCAAAAAUCGUGCGGGUGUGAUUGAAAGUAGCGUAAAAAUUUGCUCAGAAUGCGGAGAGGAGUUCUGUUUCGGCGAGUUCUGCGGCGAUGUUCUUUAUGACUCGUUUAUAAGGGUCACUGUCACGACCCAACAGCCGAAAGUGAAAGUGUCCGCCGAUACUGAGGCGAUAAUAGCCAACAUGGAUCGCAAGAAGAAGCGUAAGAAGAAGAAGAGAAUUAAAAGUAAAAGUAGAGCGCCGAGGAAGACAGCCAGAUUGCUGAUUCGAAGCAAAGGAAAGAAAUCGAUGAGCAACGAUUUCGAGAGGAGGACCAGCACCGAUAUGAUUGAAAGAAAUGGACGCGAUUCAAAGACGAUCAAACCGUUUAAAAGAAAGUGUAGCAAGUAUACUAAAAAAGGAUUGCGAAAGUGA